GCGCGCGCCCCAUGCUCGCGGGGACGCGCCGUUUCUAUGGGGACCGGCAUCAACGGCGGAGAGUCUGCGGCGGCGGCGGUUUUGGCCCCUCCACUUGCUCCCAGCCGGGCCCCCGCCAUGUCCCGGCGGCGGUGCGCAAGCGCCGGGCUGAGCUGGCAGCAGGACCAGGCGCUGGGCAGCACCAUGCGCAUCGUGCGGGAGCUGGGCCCCACCGGCUUCGUGCUGCAGGAGGAGGGGGGGCCCGCGCACCGGGUGUUCCUGGGGGAGCCUCACUCCUGCACCUGCGCCACGUUCCUGAGGGAGAGGGACCUGUGCAGCCACAUCUGUUGGAUAUUGUUGAAAAAAUUCAAAAUUCCAAGAAACCAUGAAUAUGCUUUUCAGCUGGGUCUUCUGGAAGGCGAGAUCAAUGAUAUACUUCAGCAAUUACAGCAAGAACAGACACUCCCUCCAAGAGCAAACACUCUCUCCACCAAAACAUUACAGAAAGAGGAUGAUGGAUACAUUAAUCAGAAAGAAAUUGAUGCAGAGGAUGUCUGUCCUAUUUGCCAGGAAGAGCUACUAAAGAAAAUGUUUCCCAUCACUUAUUGCAGGUAUGGCUGUGGAAACAACGUUCACAUCACAUGUAUGAAGAUUUGGGCUGAUUACCAGGGUGAAUUAGAGAGUGACUCUGUGGUAAAGUGUCCCCUCUGUAGGGAAGAAUUUGCACCAUUAAAGCUCAUUUUAGAAGAAUUCAGGAACUCCACUCAGCUUGUGACUGCAGCAGAGAAAGUCAGACUUGACAAACACCUUGGACUCCCCUGUAAUAACUGCAGAGCAUUUCCAAUUGAGGGAAAAUGCUACAAGUGCACUGAGUGUAGUGAAUAUCACCUAUGCCAUGAAUGCUUCACUAGCUUUUGCCAUCCUCCACAUGUUUUCACCUUUCGACAGAAGAGAAAUCAGAGGUGGAGGUCACUUGACCAAGUUUCACAAUUGUCAACUUCAGGAGGAAAUUUAAAAAGCGUUAAUCCAGGUGAUAAUUCUAAAGAAGAGAUGUUACAUCUUCAAGAGAAGUCCAGUUGCAUCCCAAAGCACAUUGUAAAAUCUUUACCUCUGAUGUUGAUUAGAAAAUGUAGCAACUUUCUUGCUCCAGGUCUGCAAUGUAGGCUCUGCUUGAAGAUCUUUUGUCUUGGUCAGUAUGCAAGACUCUUGCCAUGUAAUCACAAGUUCCACAGAGAAUGUAUUGACAACUGGUUAUUGCACCAAAAAAAUGCAUGUCCUAUUGAUGGAUAUACUGUGUAUAAUCCAUUAACCUGGAAGGAUAGAUCAGCCAAUCGUGAUAUCAGUCAGUCAGGAUCUCAAACAAAUACUACCAAACUUGCAAAGCAGAAGGAACCAGAGCUUUUCAUACCUGGAAUUGGAUUGUUCUUCAAGCAAACAUUAUUAGGCCAUACACGUGAAAAAUCUCAAGAAAGCCUCCAAAGACUUCAUAACAAUAAAGAUCCACCACAUUCUCAAUGGGGUUUAACUUUAAAUGAUAUAAGUGACUUUCAUUUAGGAGAUUCUGAUUCUAGUCAGCACAGCAUUGAUAGAAAUUUAAAUCUACAAUUUUCCAGGCAUGGGAAGUGGACUAUACUCUUAUGAAAUGAGAAACUGGUUGAGGCCCUGCACUGUCAAUCUCAGUUCAAUUCCCUGCUCUGCUACAGAUUUCUUAUGGACCUUAGUCAAGUAAUUUAAUCUCUUCAUUCCUCAGUUCCUCAGCUGUAAAAUGUAUUUCCUCUUUCACAUCCUGUGUCUUGACAAUUUACAUUGUAAACUCUCGGGAUUGUCUCGUACAUCUGUACAGUUCCUAGCCCAAUGAAGGGUCUGAUCACAGACAAAAAUACAUGUGAGAGAUGGGCAGGACAACAAGGGAAGAUGUCAAAUCUUAGAUUUAUUGAUAAAUCAAGUACCUCUCUUUAGGUAUUGUCUUUGUGAUGUUACAAAACAAUUACAAUGUUUUUCUUAGACUUCCAGGUUUGUCAAUAAAGCCAGACUAUUUCGAUAACAUUCAGUGGAAUGCAUUUCAGAUCUUAUUUAAUCCUUGUCUUGUCUUGUCUGUGAACAGUCAACAUUCCACUGACUAACAGAAAUUAGGGCUUAUUGUUACAGUCAUGAGCAAUCUAGUGACUAAGGACAUUUAAAAAAAAUUGUACUGACCCCAAAGAUGUAACUGGGGACCAAAACAGAAGGCAAUUAGUGUAAUAACACAACAUAGACUUCAAAGGACUUGCUCUGUGCUGGAGGUAAAAUCCUGAGAUUCUCUGAAGCAGAGCACAUUAUGCAACCAGGACUGCAAUGAGCCAAAAAAUUUGGGCUUGGGUCUGAGAAUGUUUCUGCCGUUCCCAGCGAUGUCAGUAGAAAUUGUGGGUCAGCACCUUUCAGAAUCGUGCCCUUGUAAGGACUGUCCUGCUCUAAAUAUAGUCAGUAGAGGGGUUUAUUAGGACACAAGGUCUCAAUCCUUUAGUGAGCUCUUUGAGGACACAGCUGUCUGCCUACACAGAGCUUAGAAUUUGGAGCCUAAGUAAACAAAUUAAUAGUAAGUGCAGUUUUGGGGACCCAUGACAAGUUCUUAAUAUAGGAGUGAUUUGGUGGGAAAAUUUAAUUUCUUGUUAUAAACCUAGCAAAGAAAGUUCACAUGAAAUUUGUGUGUUCCUGAAUAACAUGCGCUUCUUAAAAAAAUUCUAAAUGUAAAUUAAAAAUAAGGCAGCAAUAACCUUUAAAAACUAUUUUAUUAUAUUGCAUGAGCUAUAAUGUUUUACAAAUCUUAAUUACAUUUUCAGCAAUAAAUACAGUAGUACUGUAGUAAAUACUCUGAGACAUGAAGACACCUGACAAAAGGAUACAAAAGAUAGAAAC